GGCGGGCCCGGCCGCGGCCUCGCGGGGUUGGGCCUGGUGCCGCCCGCGUUGCGCUGGACUCGGCCGGGUCCCUGGGAGCGGCGGCGGGGCUGCGGCGGUGGCGGGGGAGGGGCGCCAAGGCUGUGAGCGGACUCUGGGGUCGUGGAAACCCCUGCACCCCGACCUGGCUGUCUGUCCCGGAGCCUAUGGGCCCCGCCGGACUCUCCAGCCACCUGUCCGGACUGGGACCGAAAUCGGGCCCCUGCCUCCUGUCUUCCCCCAAAGGCUGGACUGAACCCGAUGGACUGAUGCUCGGUGUCGCGCUCCCCAGGGGGCCGUGGUAGUUGGGGGCGGAGGAUGGAGAACACAGCAGUGGGCAGCAUUGCCCAGCGCCUUGCAGGACUUGAGCAGCCCUGGCCUCCAGAGCGCUAAAUGCCAAUAACUCCCCGGAGCUGACUGAGACAGCCCCUCAAUCCGCCCCCACAAAUUUCCAAACGUUGGCAGCGCUCCAAAGCGCAGGCCUUAGGGCUUCCUGGGUUUGAAUUUGGCUGCCCCUGGGAGCCUCAGAGGUUUCUGAUCUGUAAACUGUAAUGUUGACCUUGCAGGGUAAUUAUGAGGAUUAGAAAUGACACGAACAGGGUCUAUUAUGGACCUGAUACACAGUGUUACAGAAAACAUUACUCAGACACUUGUUAGACAGUAAGGCCGACUUCAUUCUGGGGUCCUUACUGCAAUGGGGUUUUGCAGUAAUAGAGAGAGAUUGAAUACGAUGAGGACAAGUGGAGAUUUAUAGCCAAGGAGUAGGGUGGGGGUCAGUGGAUGGAAAAUUACUCAAAGGAAACGUCUGGGUUAAGGGGCAUUCUGGUUAAGACUGCUUGACAGGAGUUUUGCUGAAAGCAGACCAGGAUGAAUAAGGAAUUUGAUCAUAUACUGAGGGUGGUCAGCUACCAAGGGCUGGGGAUGUAGAAUUUGGUCAGAUAUCAAAGGUAGAGGAUUUCCCCUAAACGACCCAGCAAGAUUCUUGAUAAAACUGAACCAGGAGGUCCAAGGACAGUUCCAAGGGCCAGGCCUAGUCAAAAAGAGGACUCAGGAGCUUGACUAAAGUUUGGUUUAGGAGUCUUUGUCAAUAGCAGGUGCUCCACAAAAGCACUCGAUCUCACUCCCUUCCUCGUGUUCCUGUGAGAGGCUCUGAAGACCUAGUCCUCCCCAGAGACAGCUUCCUCCCAUAAGCACUUCACCACAGAGGACUUGCCAGGCCGGAUGAUGCCCGUUGAGCUGGGGCAGGCCCGAGUGCUGCUGCCGCCACUGGCGAAGGCCGAGGACUCCCCAUUUUCUGGACCAGAUGCUGCCCCUCCAGGGGAGCCCUCCAGCCCCGAGACUGCACGCCAGCGGUUCCGGCAGUUUCCUUACCAGGUGAUGUCUGGGCCUCAGGAGACCCUGAGACAGCUUCGGAAGCUCUGCUUCCAGUGGCUGCAGCCAGAGGUUCACACCAAGGAGCAGAUCCUAGAGAUCCUUAUGUUGGAGCAGUUCCUGACCAUCCUGCCCGGGGAGAUCCAGAUGUGGGUGCGGAAACAGUGUCCUGGCAGUGGAGAGGAGGCGGUGACGCUUGUGGAGAGCUUGAAGGGAGACCCCCAGAGACUGUGGCAGUGGAUCAGCAUCCAAGUUCUAGGACAGGACAUCUUAUCCGAGAAGGUGGAAUCUGCCAGCUGCCAUGUGGGGGAAGUGGAGUCCCGUCUUGAAGUGAUGCCUCAGGAGCUGGGACUUCAGAAUUCACCCUCCGGGCCGGAGGAGCCACUGGGCCACACCGUGAAAGAGGAGUCUGACACAGAGCAAGAAUUAGCAGUGGCUGCUUCUCAGCUUCCUGCCCAGUCUGAGGAAAGGCUCAUCGGAGACCAGGACUUCGGAGCCUCACUCCUCCAAACAGCACCUCAGGAGCAGUGGAGGCACCUGGAUUCCACUCAGAAGGAGCAAUACUGGGAUCUCAUGCUGGAAACCUACGGGAAAAUGGUCUCUGGAGCAGGCGUUUCCAAUUCCAAGCCUGACCUGACUAAUUCAACUGAGUAUGGGGAAGAGCUGGCAGGACUGCACCUUCAUGUCAGUGAGAGGAUCCCACGACCCACCUGCAUAGGAGAUAGACAGGAGAAUGACAAAGAGAACCUGAACUUGGAAAAUUAUAGGGACCAGGAGCCCCCAGCUGCCUCCUGUCACGCCUCAGAAGAGGUGCCUUCCCAGGCCUCUUUGAGCGGCCUCUUCUGUGAGGAUGAGCCGAGACGCUUUGGAGAAGGAGCGACUCUUCAUGAGGCUCAGGAAAACCUUCAGGACGAGGGGAUAGGGGGACAGCUCUCUCCUCAAGAAAGGAAUUCUGGGAAACAGCUAGGCCAUCAUUUGCCUAAUGCUUACCCAGGAGAACUGUCCAUGCUGUGGCUGGAGGAGGCCAGAGAGGCCCCCCCGAAAGGGCAGCUGAGAGCCCCCAUGGCCCAGAAACUCCCCACCUGCAGGGAGUGUGGGAAAAGCUUUUACAGGAAUUCUCAGCUUGUUUUUCACCAAAGAACUCACACCGGAGAGGCAUACUUUCAGUGCCCCACAUGCAAGAAAGCCUUUCUGCGGAGCUCAGACUUUGUGAAACAUCAGAGGGUUCACACAGGAGAGAAGCCCUGUAGAUGUGACUACUGUGGGAAAGGCUUCAGUGACUUCUCGGGAUUGCGCCACCACGAGAAGAUCCACACAGGAGAGAAGCCCUAUAAAUGUCCCAUCUGUGAAAAGAGUUUUAUUCAAAGAUCAAACUUCAAUCGACAUCAGAGGGUCCACACAGGAGAGAAGCCGUAUAAAUGUUCCCGCUGCGGGAAGAGUUUCAGCUGGAGCUCGAGCCUUGACAAACAUCAAAGAUCCCAUUUAGGAAAGAAGCCCUUCCAGUAGCCGUGCUCUCAGCCUGUCGCUAUCUCCUGGCCCAUGAAAAAGCACUUCAUUCCAUCAGGAGACAUCGCAUCUCCUACAGGACGUCCCUGGUCUCUCUUUUUUGCACGGAUUAGAGAGGAGAGUACCUGAACAUGGAUUUGGAUUGGCGGAUAUACCGGCCUGUGGAUUGGAUAUCACGCUGGUUUAAUUGCUUGCUUCUGCAUCAGGAGGAAGAAUAGUCACCUUUCAUCUCAUCUCUCCUUUUGGGAAGAGAUGGGAAAAACUGUCCGUUUUAGAGAGAUCCCGUUUUAGAAGUGCUGCCUGGGAAGAGUUGAACUGGAUUAGCCACAGGCGCUGCUCACAGGAAGAACCUUGGCUUUGGAACUGGGAUCUAGAGCAGGCGUUGUUACAAAACGGGGAGCAUAGAGAGCCAGUGAGCUCACAUGUGUUAUUUGUUAUACGGGUGCAAGAUUAACACUGAGUGUCCCCCUGUUUUAAGUAAACUUAGCAGACUCUCUCUUA